UACUUGGGUAAGAAGUUUCUUCUAAUUAGCCAGUCUGCGCUGGGUCGCCUCACUUGAGCUCUCUGCAGACCCGCAUCCUCUUCUCAGGAGCCGCGCGGGUCCCUUUGCGCUGGAACUGCGCCCGAAUUUACGCAAAACUUCUGACGGAAACAUAGAAAUUAAAUGCGCAGUUCUGUUUAAAUUUGCCGCUUUUGAAUCUUAGUCCGGUGUCUGAGAGGAUUUUUCUCCGUGUUUUUGUUUGUUGGUGAAGCGGUCAGGUGGAAACAGGUGGAGCGUCGCGCCGGAGUCAGAGUCGGCCCAGCGGCGCAAAGUCAGAGAGGAAAACAAAGUCGAGAGAAGGUAUGAGAAACGUUUAAAAUAACAACAAAGUUAAAAACAACAAAACAGCCAAACAGACGGAGUGGGGGGGCGGGAAAAACAAGAGAGAGAGAGACACCCCCCAGGACUGAGGAGCGACUUCCCCCCCGGAGAGAGAGAGUGAGGGAGCGUUUUAAAGCCGGCAGGAGGCAUGAUGUCCUACAUUAAACAGCCCCAUUACGCCGUCAACGGGUUAACGCUGUCCGGCCCCGGCAUGGAUCUGCUCCACACCGCCGCCGUCGGGUACCCAAGUUGUUUUUCAGGCACUCCACGCAAACAGCGCCGUGAACGCACCACUUUCACGCGUGCGCAGCUGGACAUCCUGGAGGCUCUGUUCGCCAAAACCCGCUACCCGGACAUCUUCAUGAGGGAGGAGGUGGCCCUAAAGAUCAACCUCCCGGAGUCCAGAGUUCAGGUUUGGUUCAAGAACCGGCGGGCCAAGUGCCGCCAGCAGCAGCAGCAGAGCACAGGCCAGUCCAAACCCAGGCCUCCCAAAAAGAAGGCAUCGCCAGCACGUGAGACCAACGCCGAGGCCGCCGCCAACGCCACCAAUGGACCAUACAGCCCCCCGCCCCCACCUCCUGGCACUGCCAUCACCCCCAGCUCCAGCUCUGCCAGUGCUACUGUGUCCAUCUGGAGCCCUGCCUCCAUCUCCCCGUUACCAGACCCCCUGUCUGCCUCCACCACCCCCUGCAUGCAGCGCACCACCACUUACCCCAUGACCUACACCCAGGCCCCGGCCUACAGCCAGAGCUACGCCGGCUCCUCCUCCUACUUCACCGGCCUGGACUGCAGCUCCUACCUGUCUCCGAUGCACCCGCAGCUGUCCGGGACCGGAGGGGCCCUGAGCCCCAUCACGGCCUCGUCCAUGGGGGGCCCACUCAGCCAGUCCCCGGCUUCCCUGUCUUCCCAGGGCUACACGGCCGCCUCCCUGGGUUUUGGAGCUGUAGAUUGUCUGGACUACAAAGAUCAAGCUGCCUGGAAGCUGAAUUUCAAUGCAGCUGACUGUCUGGACUACAAAGACCAGAACUCCUGGAAGUUCCAGGUCUUGUAGACAACAGGAGCGGGAUGUGGGGAGGGAAAAUCAACAACCCCAGAGUAAUUGUGAUGUAGAAGAAUGUGGGAAGGUAAACAUUUCUGUGAGUUGAAAACCAUAAUCAGCUGAAAUAAAUUCCUUGUUGUUGUUUGGAACGUGUGGAAUGAUUUGAUGAUUCUUUACAGUGAGUGAGAACGUGGUUCUGUGUAGGCCUGUUGGUGGAGGAACUCCUCCAUCAGCUCUGAAGGAAAGCUGGACCUCAGAACACAAUCACAUUUGUGUGAAUUCUGGCCUUUUCCGAACUGGACAAGCUGAAUGGCCACCGUCGACCAGCUGAGAGACGGAGCUCCGCCCCCUCCUCCAUCUUUUCUGUGGACCUUUGAGUGGUUGGACCUCCUGCAGUUGGCAUGCAGCCGCUGCAGCAUGAACCUGUUGCCUUGGUCGCAAUCAUCAGCACAACAGCUCAAACACCGGACGUCUAAUAGGAUCAUCUCCACACCAUACGGCCCACAAUGGUCACAUUGUGGCUGGCUGGGCCAGACCCCUCCCCUAUUCACCUGACCACAGCUGGGUGGUUUUUGAUGCAGUUCCUGCAGUCCAGCACCUCCAUACGGCACCCCCACCCCGGUGCCUCUCUGGACUCCAACCCCGUAGAGACGUGACGCCGCUCUUUGUGUUCCAUGUUAGCUUAUGUCCAUUUUUGUAUUAGACUCCCAAGAUGUCGAGUUUUUUUGACAAGUUGUGACUUUGUUUCUGUACAAAUGGUGGUCAUGUGUUGUUGCUGACACAGGCGUUGAUGGUAGACAUUUAUAAAUAUUGUUUUUGUAAAUAUUAAAACUUGAAACUCCAAUAACAUCAUCAUUGUGUUGUCACGCGCCUCUUCUUCUGUCUACAGAUCUCUGCCAAAUUUCUUCUUUUCAAACUCAGGGCUUCAUCCAUUAAAAGCAGUGGGGAUUUAUUGAUGUGUCAUCGUUUUCAUGAUCCUCUGCUUUCGUUCUGACAGGUGUCAUGUUGUACAUAGUUAGUGAUGGCACCACCAUCAUACUAGCUGCAAUGUUUCUGAGACAUUAAACGACUUAAUACAAACUGCG